AUGCAAGUCAAAAUUCAAGAAACUGUCACGGUUCAACCCGCCACACCACCAUUUGAUCACGAUCAUGAUCAUGUUCUUCCUCUCUCCCACCUCGACACUGAUCGAAACCUCCACGUCACUUUCCGUUACCUUCGCGUUUACGCCGCCAACGACAACCACCCUGCAGAGCCUUUCCACGUCAUCACCGCAGCGCUAUCCACCGCCCUCGUUAGCUACUACCAUUUCACCGGAACUCUCCGCCGACGCCACCUAGACGGCCGCCUCGAGCUGCAUUGCCAAUUGGGGAAAGGAGUGCCGGUCAUUCGCGCCGCGGUGGAGUGCUCGUUGAGUUCGUUAAGCUACCUUGAUGAACUGGAUGAAAAGUUUGUUGAGCAGUUAGUACCGGACCCUGAUUCGGACGAGGUUAUGACCCGACCCAUGAUAUUGCAAAUGACGGGUUUUGAGUGCGGGGGUUUUGUUCUAGGGGCAGCCAUACACCAUUCACUUUGUGAUGGGCUUGGAGCCUCCGUGUUUUUCAAUGGCUUGGCGGAGUUGGCCCGUGGGGCUGGUCAAAUAACUGUCGAACCGGUUUGGGACCGGGUGAAUUUGCUUGGGCCUAGGAACCCGACUAGAAUUGAGUUCCCUUUUCAAGAUUUUUUGAGCUUGGAUAAGGACCUGUCACCAUAUUCGGAUUCUGUUAAACGGGUUAUUAAGGAGUGUUUUAAUGUGAAAGAGGAGUGGUUGGACCGGCUUAAGGAGCUUUUGUAUGAAAAAUCCGAGUUAAAAUUUACCACUUUUGAAGCUUUGGGUGCUUUUAUAUGGCGAGCAAGGGUUAAAGCCUCUGAAAUCUCUGGGGAUGAAAAAGUGAGUUUCACAUAUUCAAUGAACAUGAGAAAGUUGGUGAAACCUCCAUUGCCUGUUGGCUACUGGGGAAAUGGCUGUGUCCCAAUGUACAUUCACCUCACUGCCAGAGAACUUGUGGAGCAACCCGUAUGGAAAACAGCUGAUUUGAUCAAGAAAAGCAAAUACAACGCCACUGACGAAUAUGUUCGUUCCUAUAUCGACUUUCAGGAGUUGCAUUAUGAGAAGGGAAUCACGGCAGGGCCAAGGGUGAGUGGGUUUACGGAUUGGCGGCAUUUGGGUCAUUCCACCGUGGACUUCGGCUGGGGUGGCCCUGUGACAGUGUUGCCGUUGUCCAGGCACCUGCUGGGGAGUGUUGAGCCUAGUUUCUUCUUGCCUUGCUCUUCAGCUAGUGAAGGGAAGAAAGAUGGGUUCAAGGUUUUGGUGCAUCUGCAGGAAGAUGCAUUGCAAGGGUUUAGAGAAGAAAUGGACAAGUUAAAGAACAUGGAUACCCUGUCUUGA